AUGACAGCGCAAUUUUGUUCGAUGAGUUCUGUUUCGACCAGUUGGAAAAGAAAAGCAAGGAGAAUCAAACUGGCGAUUUGUAGACAAGCUGUAUUUGAUGUUAUGCAGUUUAAUGCUCGUGAUCCAUAUUUUGUGGCUGAUCCGAAUACUUUCCCCGCGUUUGGCUGGUUUGAUAACCUCGAUGAUUGUGCGCGAAACCCAUGCCCGUUUCAGGGGAACUCGGAGGGGCAGGUCAGUGUAUUGUUGAGUUCCUUAUCGGUGCCAACUGCUGGGCCAACUGAUCGUGGAGAAGCUUUCUCGUCUCAUUCGGUUGCGUAUUCUCCAGAUGUGGUGCAGUCUCCAGAUGGUGGGCUGCAGUCGAGACUGGGCUCUGUUUCUUUUGAUCCUGGCGUUCAGAAUGAGGAGUUGCAGGACGAGGGGUUCCAGGAUGAGGAUUUGCAGAGUGAGGGGGUGCUGAAUGAUAAGUUGCAUUAUUCUCAGCAUGCUGUUUUCUUGGGUUCAAGCUCUGAAGUUUGCCACGCUCCAUUUCCUGACACUCUGUCGGCUUCUGUUGACCCAGGUGUUCGGGAAGAGGAUUUGCAUGAUGAGGAGGCGCGAAGAAGCCCCACGAGCCUCCGUAACCAGACGCCGUCUUGGUUACCGCCGGGUCGUAAAGAUAACUGUGCAUCUUCUUCCCGGCUCUGUUCAGAUGAGUUGCAGAGCAAUCGAUCUGAGUGUCAAGCUGCCAGGGACUCGGCGCGUGCCAAUGACGAUGCAGUUGCUCUUUGGCGGGAAUUCGAACGGCUCCCGAAAGAGGAGUUUUGGGCUCGGAUCGAGGCGCUCAACGCAUACAAACUUCGAAUGGGAAUUGAGAGUCCCGAGGAGGCGCCGAGUCCUGAGGAGGAUGCUGGCCGUGGGAAAGGCCAGAGGCACCGCAGAAACAGGAGGCGGGCAAGGGCGAAGGCUCAGGCAGUUCUAACUGGCUCUUCUAUGUCAAAGUCGGCCCAUCAAUCUACUUGCGAUCCUCCCCAACCUCCGUCCUCUUUUCAUGAUUCAGUUUCUUCCGCUCUACCCGCCCCAAUUGUGUCCUUGUUGCCCGAAGGCGACAAGGAGACGGAGGUGGAUGAGUUGCAUAACUAUCAAUCAGAGUGCGAUGAGGACGCUGAUUCGGAUGCGGCCUUCCACGCAUGGGAUAACAUGGCCACCCAGCGAGUGAGGGCAGAUUUUUAUUUGAAGCAGGCUGCUCUGCACCGUUUCUGUGAGGCUUUGCGCCGCCGUGAUGGGGGGGGGGGGGGGCGCGGACAUCCAGAGAACCUGUGGGCUGUGUCGGUUGGACAAGAUAAGGAUGCACCGUAUUGCAGGGUGGUGCUUCGGACAUUGGCGGUGCUUGACAUUCUACUCGAGUGGUGCUCAACGGUUGAUGGAACAACGCUUGCAGAGCCACAUUAG